CCAGGAAUUUCUGCCCAGCCCUGGGUUUGCCACGCUCUUUCCCACCGAAUCUUUAUCCUCCUCCCUCGCACACCCUGAGGCCCCAGAAGGGCUCCGGCACCCCGCAGGCAGGCAGCCCUCCAGGCGACGAGCGGUGUCCCCCUCCUGGUGGCCCUGGUGGCAGAGAGCGAGCAGCCCCAGCUUGGGAUCUUAUGGCACGAUGUGGGGGACGCCGGGCGCCGCGGAGCGGAGCAUCCGUCCCUACCGCUCCAGCCAGCAGUACCUCUGCGCCAUGAAGGAGGACCUGGCUGAGUGGCUGAAGGAGCUGUACGACCUGGACAUCGAGGCGGGCACCUUCCUGGAGGUGCUGGAGACGGGGGCCGUGCUCUGCUCCCACGCCAACCACGUCGCCCACGCGGCCGUGGAGUUUGCCCGCGCCUGCCCCGCCGCAGCCCGCCGCCUCCACCUGCCCGCCGCCGGUGUCGCCUGCAACCUCGCGGCACAGCCGGGCACCUUCCAGGCCAGGGACAAUGUCUCCAACUUCAUCCAGUGGUGCAGGAAGGAGAUGGGUAUCAAAGAUGUCCUGAUGUUCGAGACGGAGGACCUGGUGCUGCGGAAGAACGAGAAGAACUUCGUGCUCUGCCUGCUGGAGCUGGCGCGCCGCGCCGCCCGCUUCGGCAUGCGCGCCCCGACCCUGGUGCAGAUGGAGGAGGAGAUCGAGGAGGAGCUCCGGCAGGAGCUGCACCUGCCCCCCACGGACACCCCCUUGCCCCGGCCCCCCAGGGAACCCCGGGACCUUCAAAACCUCGACCAGAUGGUCCAGCACCUGGUGAGCCGCUGCACCUGCCCCGUCCAGUUCCCCAUGGUUAAGAUAUCGGACGGCAAGUACCGCGUGGGCGACUCCGACACCCUCAUCUUUGUCCGGAUCCUGCGGGAGCACGUCAUGGUGCGGGUCGGGGGCGGCUGGGACACGCUGCAGCACUACCUGGACAAGCACGACCCGUGCCGCUGCACCUCGCUCUCUCACAAGCAGCAUUCCAGGAGCAGGACCCCCCAGCAGGUGCAGCACGAGGUCCAGCUCUGCAAAGCCCCCCCGGCCCCCGGCCGUGGGCAGCCCUCGCUGCUGGUCAGCCGCUCGCAGAGCCCGCUGCCCCCCGUCACUUGGGGACCCCGCGCCCCCCACGGCCACCGCCCCGGCCCCCUGCGCCCUGCCACCCCCUCGCUGGGUGCCAGCCCUCGCCGGGAGCCAGCGCAGCCCCGGAGGGUCCUUUCGGGCAGGACACGGGAGCCACCGCCGAGGUCACCCACUCGAGCCAGCUCCCCCGGCCGCGGGGCCACGCAGCGGGCACCCACCCCCUCCCGGCUGGCCCCCGGCACACGGGGCAGUGCGGGGGUCCCCGAGGUGCUGCCUGGGAGCAUCCCGGGGACCCCCCGUUCUGCAGCAGCACAGGGCAGGGGCAAAGCCCCCAGUGCCCAGCGUCGGGCACUGCCACCUCCAAAAAACACCCGGCAAGGGGGGAGCUUGUCCGUGGGGGCUGCCAGGCUGCAGCAAGCAGGGGUCCCUGCCGCUGCCGUGCCCCGUGCCCACAGCCCCAUCAAGGUCGGUUCUUCCUCCCCGGAACGGGGUGCCCGGGGUGCAUCCCAGAGCAGGAAAAGCCCCCGGGAUGGGAACCGGGCAGCCUUCGGACGUGGCCAUCCAGCAUCACCCCAAAACUCCUUGAGCCAAGCUCCCAUAGAGGACAGAAGUGUUAAACCCCCUGGCAAAGCCAGCACGGCCGUCUGCCGGCCCCUGACCCCUCUGCCCCCUCCUGUAAAUGGGUGCAAGGGCUGUGCUGAAGGGGAGGGUCCCCAGCGGUGCCACCCAGCCACGAGCCCACCAGCCAAGGAUGCUGAGAGCCCCAGGGUGCCAGCGGAUGAACCAGGGGGAACCUGUGGUCACGGCAGGAGGGGCUCGGGGCUGCAGGGGUGCUGGGCACACUCACAGCCCCCGGGCUACGACAGGGUGCUGGAGGAGCUCUCCCACAACCGGCAGCCCCUGCGCCCCGUGGAGAUGGAGAAUUGGGUGGCCCCAAAGCCCCCCAUGGCCACCCCGCAGCGUGCCACCCUCCCAGCUGGGGGGACCACGGAGGAGCCGACAGCGGGGGGCCAGACCCCGCAGGGCACGAGGGCGGCCGCCCUGGCGAAACCCCGGCGGUGCCUGAAGAAACCCGAGCGCGUGCCCUCCAUCUACAAGCUGAAGCUGCGGCCCAAAGUGCGUCCCCGGCGGGACCACCGGCCCGGGAAGGGCCCCUCGCGCAUCCCCACCCCUCUGGGGCAGCGCCUGCCCCGUGCCCGGGGCCAGCAUCGCCCCCCGGCCCCGACACGGCGCCCGCAGCCCGGGGAUGCACGCCCCGCAGCCAAGCCCUCGCCAGCCGACAGCGGCGCAUGGCUCACCGAGGACGAUGAGGAAGCAUGGGUCUGACCCCCUGCCCCUUGGGGUUUGGGAGGGACCCCACACUUGUGGGAGCCACGGUGCCCAAGGUGGGGGCCAGGGAUGUUGAGCCCCAGGAGGUCGGCGCAGGCAGCGCAAUGCGUUUGCUUCUGGGGGCACCACUGCGUGCCUCGGUCUUCCCCAUCUGCGCAAUGGAACCAAGGACGCCUGGGCCUUCAGCAGCCACAGCCUGGUGAGCUCAGGGCAGGGUGACACGAUUUCCCUGACUCUCUGCUGGCAUUUCCCCGCGGGCCCUGGGUUGGAGCAGCCCCCCUGCAGCAGGGCUGGUCCAGCAAGGACGUGUCCGCAGGGUGCGUUGUAGGCACGGGUGGUCACCGGCACGGGGCGGCAGCGGCGGUCGGUGCUUGUGCAAUAAGAGCUGUACCAAAGCCUCUUUUCUUCCAGCAGCUUUUCUGUGUGGGCAGGGAGGGAGAAGGCCCCGGUGACCGGUCCCGUGGGCAGCGAGCCCCGCUGGUGGGAAGGCUCCUGCCAGGGGGAAGGCGGCAUCCCCAGGGGGCUUCCAGCGGCGCGGCGGGGCUGCGAGCGGUCCGGCGCCACGAGCAAGGAGCAGCAAGGCGGGUACAGAACAAGGGGGACAGACCUGAUUUUAAUUCGGGUUCAAGUCAAGGGAUGCAGGGCAUUUCAGGAGGUGGAGACACCUCAGGAAUCUCCAACGGGAAGUCCAGGGGGAAAGGAGAGCCAGGUCCUGGAAACCGUGAUGCACCUCCAGGAGGAGGAGAGAGCGAACAUCCUCAUCGGGGCUGCCCCGAGCCCACCUCGGGCUGUGUGGCACCUCCUGGCUCAGCACACACACAUGGGGGAAAAAACACUAUUUUUUUUCCACCUUUCUGCCCCUGGGGACAGCCAGGGACGCCCUCAGCCUGCCCCCAGCUCUGCAGCAGGUUCUCUCUGCGUGGACGUAGAGCCGAGCGAGGCAACGCGGAGAGGGACGAGGAGGUGGUGGGAGAGCAGUAACGCUUUGGGAGGAGGGCACGUUUACAGGGCAGGGGGCAAGGCAGCUCGGUCCCAAGUGCUGCAGGGUCAGGGGAUGCGCUGAUCCUCUGCCAUCCCAGCCCCCAGCCCCGCUGUGCCGGGGGGUCCCGGCCCCGAUCCCGCUCUCCUCGCAGUAGUCCGGGAGCUGGGCACUGCUGCCAGAGCAGGGAGGGUUGUUAAUACUCAUAUCACUUCUGUCUAUAAAGUACAAUAGAAUAUAACAAUUAUAUUUAUAACCAUUUUUUUUUUCCAAAAUACUAAAUAGAUGCUAUAAAAACCUGUAACUAAUUGUGCUAUAAACUGCAGGCUACAGGGUUAUAACAAACAAUGUAUUGGCUUAGUCGCUGACAUGUGCACGUCGCAGCACGGUAUAAAUGCUUUAUUAGUAGCAUUUACCAAGGAGUUUCCUUCUCAAACAAUUUGGAGGGGUAAAGCUAGCGAGAGACCGAUAACGUGGGCUGAUAAAUCCUGGUGAGAUGGGGCUGGGCCGGCGGCGCUGCGCGGCGGCUUUGCCGUGGAGGUGAGGGAUGGAGGAUGGGAGCUGCUCUCCCCCAGCCCUUGGCCCUGUGCGCCCUCCCAUCGACUUUUCUGUGUGAUUUUCUUUUUUUCCUUAUUUUGUUUGGGGUGCGAGGAUGGGGUUUUGGUUCCUAGUGAAGCUGCUGGGGGCAGCAGGGAUGCAGGGACCGACUGAUGGCCGGGAUGCGAGGCGAGGCUGAAUGCAGUGGGCUAGAGCUCAGUGGGAAGGACUCUGAAUAGCGAGUGUUACCAGGACAGCAGCAGUUCUCCUGGGAAAUGGAGCCUGUCGGCGGGGAAGAGGCGGCGGGCCUUCGGUGUUGCCUGUUUCACAGCGUCCCCGUGUCACACGGGGACAAACCCAGACCCCCCCCCCCACCCCGGCACCAUUUACGAGCUCGGGCCGCACUUUGCCUCCCGGGCUCCAGGACAAGCUGCAGAUGAGCUGGCAGUCCGGAGUGGGAACUAGCCAAAAGAUUAAUUUAUAAAAA